GGAGGGAAAUAAAUGAUUGACAGCAAAAAAGGAAAAAUAAUCUAAGACUCAAAUAGGGGUGGGGGGGUGUGAUAUUAAUAAAGUACCCAUAAGCUGAUCUGUAUGCUUGAAUUAAUUCUACAAAAAUAUUUGUUCCAUUUAAAAAUAUUUGAAUUCUUUUUCAGGCAAGAAAUUUAAUUCCAAUGGAUCCGAAUGGUCUAUCAGAUCCCUACGUCAAACUGAAACUCAUCCCUUUCGAGGAGAACGAACAAUGCAAACCAAAACAAAAAUCAAAAACAAUAAAAUCUACACUUAACCCCGUUUGGGACGAACAUUUUAGCUUCAAAUUGGAACCUUCCGACAAAGAUAGACGUCUAUCCGUUGCUGUGUGGGAUUGGGACAGAACUAGCAGGAACGAUUUUAUGGGCUCCCUAUCUUUUGGAAUUAGUGAAUUAAUUAAAGAACCUGUUGAUGGGUGGUUUAAAUUGUUAAAUGAUGAAGAGGGUGAAUAUUACAACAUUCGAAUACCUCCAGAAAAUGAAAGGGAUAUUGAAAAACUUCAAAAGAAAAUGGCAGAUUUACACUCUACAAAAUCACAAAAAGUAAAUAACAAACCACAUUUGGCCAAUGCAAAACAAAGAGCUUCUACAGACAAUAAUUUAGAGAAUUCUUGUAAUAAUAACAAUUCAAAACCUGCCCAAAGAUGUGUGGCUAGCGAUUUUAAUUUUUUGACAGUUUUGGGAAAAGGAUCUUUUGGAAAAGUACUUCUUGGAGAACACAAACAAACUAAAGAAUUAUUUGCUAUUAAAAUACUUAAAAAAGUAAGAAAUAAAAUGGAAAUUAAACUAUCACUAGUUAGGAGAAGGGCGAUAUACUACAAGCCUAAAUCCAUUUUUUUCAACUGUUUGGGUUGAUGAAAGAAAGUGACAAAGAGUUCCCCUAAAUAACGCUCGACUCGAAAACAUCAACUCUUUUUUAAUACUUUCGAAUCCUGGAUCUGAAAAAUGUUUUUUGAUCUCAAAAUGUAUUCUUAUCCACUUCAUGUCAGUGUGACUAACCACACUUAAAUACACAAAAGUUAAAUGCGGUAUUCUUUUAUAUUUUAUUAUAUUUCGACUAUUCUUUGUUUUCUUGUUC